AAGUAAAAGAAAAACGGUGCAAGUGAUUAUUCAGCAAAUUUAUUUAAGUAUUUUGAUUUAAUUUAGGCAAAUUACAAAAGUUUCUAAUCUAACUAUAAGAAUAAAAGAGCGUUGGCAGCUGCCCAUUCGGGAAAACUACAAAAUAAUACGCGAUUCUAUGUAUGUUAUUGUGACGCACGAAAAUCGAUUGCGUACCAGGCGACAACACCACACAAAAGUGCAAGUGCAGCUACAAUAACAAUAUCACCAGCGGACAAUUGACGACGUAAUUAAACAGAAUACAACAAUCACACAAAUAAUUAACAAGCAGCUGAGUUUGGUCAACGAGAUGGGCAUAUUUGGGCAAUCGUCGUCCUUCGACGCCGAUGUGGAAAAGGCCACCAGCGAAACGAAUACGAAUGAUAAUUGGUCUUUAAUAAUGGAUGUGUGCGACAAGGUGACGACCAAUCCGCGUUUAGCCAAAGACUGCCUGAAGGCAGUGAUGCGACGCAUGGGCCAUCCUGAUCCUCAUGUCGUCAUGCAGGCCAUCACACUGCUGGAUGCGUGCGCCAACAACUGCGGCAAGCCGUUCCAUCUAGAGAUGGCAUCGCGCGACUUUGAAACUGAGUUCAGACGCCUGUUGGACAAAGCGCAGCCGAAAGUUGCCUUGAAAAUGCGUCAGGUGUUCAAGAAUUGGGUUGAAACUUACUUCAAGAAUGAUCCGGAACUAAAUCUAAUUCCCACGCUGUAUCUGAAGCUGCGCCUUGAUGGCCACGACUUUAGAAAUUUAAACGACAAGGGCAGCGACAAAUCAGCAGCAGCUAAGGCGGCAGCUGCUACGUUGGCCAAAGAUCCGAAUGUGGUCAGCAGUCAGCAGGAGGAGGAUGAUAUAGCCAAAGCUAUAGAGCUGUCGCUCAAGGAAACCAAGAGCAGUCCCAAACAGCAGCAGACAGGUGGCGCAGCAGCUGCUUCAACGACCAGCAGUGCCUAUCCCUCGCUGUAUCCCUCAUUUGGCGGCAGCACAGCGAGCACGCAAAGCAACGGAAAUGGAAAUGCCAGCAGUGGCAAUGCUUCUGCUGCUGCAUCGCGCACUGUGCGCGCCUUGUACGACUUCGAGGCAGCAGAGGAGAAUGAGCUGACCUUCUUUUCGGGCGAAAUCAUACACGUGCUGGACGACAGCGAUGCCAAUUGGUGGAAGGGCUACAAUGACCGUGGGGAGGGUUUGUUCCCUUCCAAUUUCGUCACUGCCGAUUUGUCUGUAGAUCCCGAACGCUUGGAUAUCAAUCAACAACACAAAAACAAUGCCCAGAAACAGGCAGCAGCCGAGGAGGAGGCGCUGUUGCAACAAAAGACUGAAGCGGCUGCCGCACAGCCCGUUGAAAUCGAUGAGGCCAAAAUAGACCGCUUGCUGCACUUGUUGCACGAGGCCAAUCCCGAGGAUCCCUCGCAAGACAGCGACGAAAUGCUGCGCUUGGAGCAGCAGGUACACCAAAUGGGCCCCCUGAUCGAUGCCGAGCUGGAACGGGUCGAUCGCAAGCAUGCCCAGCUGACACAGCUGUCCAGUGAUCUGGUGGAUGCCAUCAAUCUAUACCAUUCGCUCAUGCGUGAUGAUCGUGCAGCUGCAGCUCAGUUUGGUGGAGCUGGCUUCAUGCCCGCCGGCUUCCCAGGCGCAGCACUGUAUGGCGCACCUGGCUAUCCCAGCGCAGCAGGCUUUCCGCCAGGUCAAAGCUAUCCGGGCAUGCACUCUCUGCCGUAUGCGCCGCCACCGGGCAGCAAUGCAGCAACAGCCACAGCCACAACGGCCGCGCCAGUUGCAGCUUAUCCUGGCCAAGUACCCAUGCCAUACCAAAACGGACAUGCCCCGCAAAUGAACAUGCUGCCGCCUCAUUUAUCCCAGUCUCCAGCGGUUCCACCACAGUCACAUCCCACCCACCCUCAGCCUGUCUACAAUGCCCAGCCUACGCCAGUCACUACUCAGCAGCAGCAACCCCAGUCGAUUACAAAUUAUCCCAUGCCAUUGCCCGUUGAGCAGCAGCAGCCGCAACAGCAACAGAUGCCGCCUUCCACGCUGCCACCGCAAUUCGCCGGCGCACCACCAACAGCUACACAAAUUCAACAGCAACAGCCACCGCCGCAUGGUUAUAUGUCGCCCCAGCACCAACAGCAGCAGCAGCAGCAGCAACAGGCUUUACCGCCGCAGACAUAUUCAGCUCAGCCGCCGCAGUUUUAUGCACCAAACGGAGCUCCACCAGUUACACAGAGCUACAUGGCGCCACCGCAGCAGCAACAGCAACAACCACAACAGCAACAACCACAACAGCAACCACCACAACCCCAACCCCAGCAGCAACAGCAACAACCACACAAUCACAACGAUAAUUUUAGUCAGCUACAUCAGCAGAUGGCAGCCAUGUCGAUGGCGCAUCUUGGUGGCAUGCCGCCAGCCGCAUCGGGUGCGGCGCCCGCAUAUCAUAUGCAAAACGAUGCCGUCAAGAACAACAUUCCUAUCUAUCAGCAGCAGCGGUAAAACCGUUCAAUCUGCUCGCCAGCAGCAGCAGCAAUCGACUUUGCUUUAGCAAUUGCCAACAAGUCUUUUUUCAAAAUUUCGUUUUAAUAUAUAAAGGCCCAUUGAAAAUUAGUUUCCACUGGAAUUUAAUUUUAUUUU